AUGUAUUUGAUUUUGUCAGCAUUAACAAUUUGCUCUUACGCAAUCGCUCCUCAUGUGUUGACGUAAGGACCAUUUACAGAAACAAAAGAGACUUUUCAAUUCACAUAGCUUUUAGAUCAUAGUGACCCAGCUAAUAAUCAAACAUGGUAAUAGAGAUACCAUGUAUAUUCUUAAUAUUAUAAUACUACAAGAGGUGGAGUUAUAUUAUAUAUUUGUGGAGAAUGGAAUUGUUAAGGAGUAAGUGAUAACUCAUUUUCCUUUUAAUUGGCUAAAGAAUUAGGAGCAAUAGUAAUAGCAUUAGAACACAGAUUCUAUGGACAAUCUCAACCAUUUGGUGAAGAUUCUUGGAGUUUAGAGAACUUAGCUUAUCUAAAUGUUCAUUAAGCUUUAGAUGAUCUUGCUUAUUUUAUAUUGUAAAUGAAGAGACUUCAACUACAUAACAUAGAUUCUACAUUACCAUGGUAUUAAAGAUAUCUUAAUUAGGUAUGCAAUUGGUGGAUCAUAUCCAGGUGCUUUAUCUGCUUGGUUUAGAUACAAAUAUCCUCAUUUGACAGUUGGUAAUUUAGCUAGUAGUGGAGUCAUUAACACAAUACUUGACUUUUGGGAAUUCGAUGAUUAAAUUAGAAAAAGUACAAGCAAAAGUGGUGAAUAGUAUUAUAAUAAUAUUAUAUAUUUAGAUGUCCACUCUAUUUAUAAUUGUUGAAUAGCUAUGUAGAUAAGAAUUUAAAGAACUUUAACACUAAAUAAGCAUUCAAAGAAUCCUUUAGAUGUGGCAAAAUGACAGACAAUGAAUUUAGAUGGUUCUGGGUUGAUACCAUUGUUUAAAUGGUUUAAUAAGGAAAAAGAACAAAGUUUUGUGAAACUCUUGAAUCCUUACCUUCUAUUGAGAGAAUGGCUGAAUAUAUUAGAGAAAUUGCACUCUCAUAAGGAGACAGUUAUAAAUAAUAUGGUGCUUAUUAUCUAAGAAAUGAAACUAUAGAUGAGAACUCUUAACAUCGUUAAUGGUAUUUCUAAUGUUGUACUGAAGUCGCUUAUUUAUAAACACCUCCCUAAGUAUUUUCUAUAAAUUUAUUUUAGAAUAAAGAUUCUUUAAGAUCUUAUGAAUUAACUUUAGAUUGGUGGAGAGAUUGGUGUAAUGAUGCAUACUCUUAAGGAGAAGUUAUUUGGCCUGAUGUUAGAGUCACUGAAGCUUACUUUGGAGGAUUAAAUUUAAAUGUCGAUCAUUUAAUUAUGACUAAUGGAGGAGAAGAUCCUUGGUAAAGAGCUUCAUUGACUAAAGCUACUAAAGCUAAUAGCAAAGUCAUUACUUAUUUAAUUGAUUGUGAUGAUUGCUCACAUUGUGUUGAUUUGAAAUCUCCAAGUGUUAAUGAUCCUCCUAUUUUGACAUAAACUAGAUAAUCGAUUAAAGACACAUUUAAAUUAUGGCAUAAUUAAUUUUGGAGUAGAACCAUUAUUGAGUGAAUAAUAAAUAUUAAAAAAAU